CCACCGGGAGAGGACUGGGCCUCUGUGGCAAAAGGGCCCCGCAUGCCAGCCGGGGCGGGGGAACUGGCGCCCGCGCCCUUCGCGCAGAGGUCUCCGCGCAGAGAGCGCAGCAGGCCGGGCCCCAGGGAAGAAGACGCGCCGCCCGGGCGGGGGAGGGGCUUCCCCGCCUCUCUGGCUCGAGGCGGACCAUUCCCGCCCCUCUCUAUGGUCCUCUCGUAGGAAAUGACGUCGUCUCCCGCGCCUCUUCCGCCGCAUUUGAAAGCGGCCGGCUGCAGCGCCCCGAAGGGCAGUCCGCGCGCGGCCGCCUUUGCCAUGGAGCCGCCGCCGCCUCCCUCCGUGGGUGCUGAGCCAAUGACUCUUGGCUCCCCCACAUCUCCGAAGCCCUGCGCCGGUGCGCAAUUCCUCCCGGGAUUUCUGAUGGGCGACUUGCCAGCUCCAGCGACCCCGCAGCCACGCUCUUUAAGUGGCCCUUCAGUUGGGGUAAUGGAAAUGAGAUCUCCACUGCUGGCUGGUGGAUCUCCUCCACAGCCAGUAAUUCCAGCGCACAAAGAUAAAGGGGGUGCUCCACCAGUUAGAAGUAUAUAUGAUGAAGUAGCUAGCCCAGGUCUUGGAUCUACACCCUUAACUUCAAGAAGGCCUGCCAGCUUUUCGGUAACACAGAGUCCAAUGGCUGGAUCCAUGCCAACAACCCCUGGAACAGUUUCAGGUGUGUUCAGUCCAGCAAGCCUUGCCCAACCCAGGAAGACAACGAUGUCCCCAGCUCAACUAGAUCCGUUUUACACCCAAGGAGAUGCCUUAACAUCUGAGGAUCAUCUUGAUGACACUUGGGUAACUGUGUUCGGAUUUCCUCAAGAAUCUGCUUCAUAUAUCCUACUACAGUUUGCACAGUAUGGAAACAUAUUGAAGCACGUGAUGUCCAACACAGGGAACUGGAUGCAUAUUCAUUACCAGUCAAAACUGCAGGCCCGGAAAGCCUUGAGCAAAGAUGGCAGAAUUUUUGGGGAAUCUAUCAUGAUUGGAGUGAAACCGUGCAUCGAUAAAAGUGUGAUGGAGAAUACAGACAGAAGUUCUACGUCGUCUCCUUCAGUCUUCACACCACCCAUGAAAACACGAGGCACCCCCACGCAGCCUUCAAGUGCUCAGAGGAUUUCUACAAUGAGACCUCUUGCUACAGCCUAUAAAGCUUCAACUAGUGACUACCAGGUGGUUUCUGACAGACAGACUCCCAGGAAAGACGAAAGCAUCGUGUCCAAAGCUAUGGAGUACAUGUUUGGCUGGUAGCGAGAGGAAACGACAUGAAACUUUGCUGGCGGAUAUAACAGUACUGCCGGUUAGUUGUAUAACCAACCACAGCAGCAUUUCGGAUGUUCUGCCUUUGAAAAAAAAGAACUUGGCACAUGUGUGUUUUGCACUUUAAACAGCAGCUGGUUAUACACCACUUUAAGCUCUUAAAUCAUAACCAUUCAUGUUUGACAGUCUAACUGUGAUUGCAUGACUCAAGUGCAAAUUGACUUAUGCAUCGCACGAGUCUUGCUUUCAAAACAUUGUAACAUAUUUCAUCGUUUCCCAGGGGCUUGAUUGUCUUUCUCCUUCUGAAAAUGUGGUAUUCUUCGCUGCAACCUGAAGUCAAUAUUGGUUAUUGUGUAAAGAAACUGAUAGGCUUUACCAGUUUUACACCAACUAUUUUAAUCGGAAUGCUUUUCCACGUGUAGAUCAGUGUUCCUAUAAAUUUUGGCCAGGUUGAUCCUAAAUCAUCAGAAGUCCGAAAACUUUUAAAAUCUUUCUUAAUAAAAAUUGUGGUGCUA